UGAUGCCGAUAGUGGAGCCUUUUAUUGGCAUAGCGAUGAGCAGUGUAGAAAUAGCAUAAUUUUUAUUUGGAUAACCAGGUUCGAAUUUCACCGGACACCAAGUUUGUCGGGCUAUUCAAUCUGAAUACAUAAACUAUAACUUGGUCGACACGUUCAAUAAAUAGGUACAGAAUUUAGAAGUGGCAAUAUUCCAGUUUUGAGGUGCGAAGUCAGUAAGAAGAAAGAAACAUUAGAUGCCGCUAGUGAGUUUACUCAGAUCACAAUCAACACUCAGUACAACAACUGCAUUCAACUAAACUGGUCUGUUCAGAUUUUGUUCUCGUGGACCAACUGUAGGAGUCAGAUCAGCGGUAAUAAAAACUGAAUAGGGACAAUGGAGCGGUAUUUACGUUUCUACAUCAAGUUCCACAGCUAUGUCAUAGCGAUAGCCACAAUUUUGGGCUCAAUUUUCAUGUCAGUAGUUUUCUAUCAGUCAACGGAUUCUCAAUACCCGCUAGAAGAGUUCUACGACUAUCGGUACAUGGGUAGUGUAGGUCUAGUCUUUGGAGUAGUUUGGAUCGUGGCGGGCAUAUCCCUUUUUUACGGCAUAUACAAGGAAGUUAAACAAUGCCUGUAUCCUUUCGUGGUGAUGUACAUGCUUGAUAUGCUCCAACUGGUGCUGAGGGAUGUCAUCCUGAUUUGGCAAAACAAACGUUGGUUUCAUAUGGUUUUCAUAAAUCCAAUUGCUGUAAUUAUGACUCUAUAUAUCACACUGCAUGUUAUGACAACACUCGUGGCGGUGAGAAAACUUAUCGAGCGUGAUCCGGUGGCACAACUGGGGACUAAUUUUGUGCGUCUCAAUACGGAAGCGAAUAGACGAAUUCGGAUGCAACAAACGAAUGACGAUCAAGAUGCUUUGGUUGACGAUUGAAAGUAUGUGAAUGAGCUUCCAUGUGUACACAAUGUCGCAGUUUAAACAAGUAAUAGAUAUUGAUUCUAUAAUUGACGUCAAAAGAAAAUAUUAUUGCAAGUAAUAUUCUGUUUAAGUUUUGGCGAUACGAAGACAGAUAGUUGAUCCAAUUUGAUGUUUCAUUUUAGAAAUAGAGUGUGUAUACGAUUUUUACGAUGUUGAGUAAAUCUGAUUUUGAGUUAACGAAUAGAAAAUGCUUUAAACUUU